AUGAACAAUUGCUGUGACAACUCAACUCUUGUUAGCUCUUCAUACAAAGCCAACGUGGACACCCUUUUCUCAUGGCUACUCACAGACUCUUACGAAAGCGAUGGAUACAACUACACCUCUGUAAAUAGCAACAACCACAACAAUGAUGAUGCUGUUUAUGGAUUGUACAGUUGCAGAUACGACAUCACAGGGUAUUUUUGCCGGUUCUGCAUCAACAGUGCUUCCAGUGAACUCACUCGAAGGUGUUCCAACAGUGUAGGAGCUAUCAUAUGGUAUGACAUAUGCAUCAUCCGUUACACAAACCAAAGUUUCAGUGGCCAAGUUAGUUUAUCUCCAAUAUGGAAUACUACCGGAACCAGAAAAAUCAAGGACUCAUCAGAAGUUAAGAAAACUGAGGAUUGUAUGGAGGGUUUGAUUAGAAAGGCAACGCUUUUAUCAGGAAUUUUACCAGAUGGAAGACAAAUUGCAGUGAAAAGGCUCUCACAAUUUUCUGGUCAGGGUUCACAAGAGUUCAAGAAUGAAGUGAUGUUUAUAGCUAAAUUGCAACAUCGUAACCUUGUGAGACUUUUGGGGUGCUGUUUGGAGGAAAAUGAGAAGAUACUUGUAUAUGAGUAUAUGUUUAAUUCAAGCCUCGACUUUUAUCUCUUUGGUGGUAUGUUUUACGUAUAG